GUGUAUACUUUUGCAGGUUUCACUGUAUCCGUUUACGAUGUGACGUCAAGAAGUGUUUAUCUCCAAUGGCCCAAAUUCCCUGGAGCCUUUUCAUACAGAGCCAUGGCAACCCCUCUGAACACAGUGGGACACUCCUCGUCAGCCCGUUUCAGUGAUGUCACACUUGUAGGUGCUCUUGCAUCUCUAGCUCCCAACACAAUCCACACUGUGAAAGUGGACGCCAUAGACAAGAAUGGAGUUAUACUGGCUGAGGCUCAGACUAUGCAGUUAACGGCUCCUGAGAUUCCGACUAUUGAACAAGCUUAUUCAAAAUUGAGUAACAGUAUCACAGUGGAAUGGGCAUCUGUCGCGGGGGCUUCAAGUUACCUGCUGACAGCACAGGAUGGAGAAUCAUUCAUUGAAACAGUAGUCACAAACUCACCAGGCACUGUGACUGGGCUGAAGGCUGCUACACUGUAUAAAAUCACAAUCCGAUCUAUAAACACUGGAGGAAGAAGCCAGCCUUCACCUUCAAAGAAAGCAAAGACAGUGCUCGCUGCACCAAUCCUGACAGCAAGUUCCCAAAGUUAUGACAACAUUGUUGUGAGUUGGAGAGCUGUAUAUAUGGCUGUUGGAUUCUUUGUGUCUAUCAUGAGAUCUGAUGGUUUGGGGAGCAUGUUGAAAGAAAACACCACAAACAACUCCCUGAUAUUUUCCAGUCUAGACCCAGGAACUCUCUAUACUAUCAAGGCACAUGCUUGGGAUGCCAAUGGGAUACCUGGAGAUGACUUCACCUACAACCAAAGAACAAGGCCUCAUGCACCAGGAGAUGUUCAAGUAGUUUUUGACAGUGGAGCAUUGAGAGCUGCUGUUUCGUUCACGCUAGCAGAAGGUGCUUCCAGUUACCUCAUUGCAGCCCACAGUGGCACCUCCAGAGUAAACUGCAGUACAAUGUCCAGUUCCUGCACUAUUCCAUCCGUUGAGUGUGGGGUAGAGUAUUCCCUGUCUGUUGUAGCAAGCAAUGAGGCUGGUUCCAGCACACCUACAGAGGCUGUGACUUUCAGGACUGUCCCUUGUGCUCCAGAAAGUAUAAUAAUUGAAGAGGAUGAGCCAGGCUACAUGGCAGUGUCAUGGUCAGAUGUUGACCUGGGUGAUUAUUAUGUGGUCUUUGUGAAAAGCGAUGAUGGCUUGGAGGUGCACUGCAACACAUCACAUACCCAGUGUCACUUCCAGUCAGACUGCGGCUUCACCUAUUUUAUUAGUGUCUUUGCCUAUAACAAGGCAGGGCAGAGUCCAUUAGGUGACAUAUUUAACUAUACCACAGCACCUUGCUGCCCCAGUGAUGUUAACCCAGUGUUCAUUUCCAGUGAUACAGUUCAGAUUGUUUGGUCUCCUGUCCGUGGUGCUGAAAUGUAUGAAACCAAAGCUGUGGAUUGGACCAACGAAUUGCUAUGCAAUGAUACUGCGACAGUUUGCACCCUUUCUGCACUCCAGUGUAACACCCAGUACAAUAUAACUGUUUAUUCAUUCAGUGAAAUUAGAGGCAGCAAUACAUCAUGCACAUCUAAACACGUGGCAACAGCUCCAUGUAGUCCGGAAAUAAUAAGUGUCUCAAAGGAUGCUCUUUCUGUAAUUAGUGUGCACUGGCAUGCCAAUAAUGAUGAAGCGAUGUACACAGUCACUGCCAAAGGAGAGGCAGGAAUUUGGCAUUGUGCAAGCUCGGGAAAUUCAUGCACCAUCCAUAAUCUUCCAUGUGGGUCACUGUUCUCUGUCAGCACUGUAGCAAGCACAGAAGCAGGUCACAGCUUGCCUAGUUACAGUGUGCCUUUGGAGACAGCACCUUGCUGCCCAGUGGAUCUCACAGUAACUCAAGUGACACAGUCUGUAACAAACAUCAGCUGGUCUACUGGGACCGGCGCAAAGACGUACAUAGCAAUUCUGGAAUCGCACAAAGGACGUGCCAGGUGUCACACACUCCAAAACUAUUGCCUCUUGGGAUGCAUUACAUGUGGAACCAACUACAGUGUGUCUAUCAAAGCGAUCAGUGAAACAGGCUUAACAUCAGAUUGCAUAUACAAUGGAUUUUCUUCUAGUGCUUGCUGCCCUUCUGGGGUUAAGCUAUAUAGACUGGGCAACAAUGGCAUACGAAUAUAUUGGCGGACAUCUAAAGGUUCAGUCAACUAUAGUACAGAUCUUUAUGGCUCAAAAGGAAAUUUCACCUGUACACCAAACACAGACCUGACUUAUUGUGAUAUUACCGAGAUACCCUGUGGCGAUGUCUACACAGUUGUGGUGUCACCUGUAACUGAUAGCGAGGGAUCAAAACCUGCAUUUUGUCCUAAGAAGAUAUAUUCAGUGACAUGCUCCGGAAGUUCAGUAGGAAUGGUGAUUUACAGAGGAAAGCGAAGUUCAGAACACUACCAGGUACUACAGGAAAAGAGAGAAUGAACCAAGGAGGUAAGAUUUAUCAGAGUAUUAUUUCAGUCAGUUUUGUGUUUGGACUGAGAUUUAAUACUAUUGUUGUGGCUUUCAGUUCCUUGGCUAAUAUAAC